AUGGUCCCUGUGUCUUGGCUCUGCACUGUUCACCCUGGCAGGAUCCUCUCUCGUCCUCCUCCCUCUGCUUAUUCUACUCCUCUUCAGCGCUCCUCUCGCUCUCCUCCUCGCUCUGCUCCUCGCUCUGCUCCUCGCUCUGCUCCUCGCUCUGCUCCUCGCUCUGCUCCUCGCUCUGCUCCUCGCUCUGCUCCUCCUAUGCCCUCCUCUGCCCCUCCUCCUCCCGGGCGUCUUCAGCUCACCUCUCUGACUGACUCUUGGUUCGCUCCUAUUCCCUGCGUCCGUAAAGUUCCCAGACGCACUCCUCCAGCUAAACCUGCACCUCCUGCUAAAGCACCUCCUCAGAUCUCCAAAUCUAACUCUGUCCCUAUUUCCCCGCAGUCUGAGCCCACCCCUGCCAUCCCUGGACCUUCCUCGGCCUGGGCGCUGUCUGAGAAGGCCCAGAAGCACAAGCGCAAAAGGUCACGUGAGCCGGACGCCAAACAUCCACCCAAAAAGCACAAGUCUUGUUAA